AUGUCGACGCCUGAAUAUCUCACAGGGAAGAAGGACGCCAUCCGGCAAUUCAUAGACAAGUACGAUGUGUUCCUCGUCGAUUGCGAUGGUGUCCUCUGGUCGGGAGACUAUCUUUUUCCCGGCAGCGUCCCGACGUUGGAGAUGCUGCGCAAGAAGAACAAGCAACUGGUAUUCGUGACGAAUAAUUCCACCAAAUCUCGACAAGAUUACUGCAAGAAACUCGAGAACAUGGGUAUAUCAGCCGGUGUCGAAGAGGUGUUUGGUUCUUCAUACUCAGCCAGCAUUUAUAUUUCAAGGAUUCUGCCCCAGUCGCACCCGGAACUCAAGAAAAGGAACAAGGUUUUUGUGGUUGGCGAGGCAGGUAUUGAAACCGAACUGGACUCCGAAGGCAUACCGCAUCUGGGAGGCACAGACCCUGCAUACAGACGAGAUGUUACGCUAGAUGACUACAAACUCUUAGCCGCUGGAGAUCCCUCGGUGUUGGAUCCAGAUGUCGGGGUGGUGCUGAUAGGUCUGGAUUUCCACAUCAAUUACCUGAAAAUAUGCUACGCCUAUCACUAUAUUCAACGCGGAGCCCUCUUUCUGGUCACGAAUAUGGACUCAACCCUUCCAUCUGCAGGCGCCCUCUUUCCCGGCGCGGGAUCCAUUUCUGCUCCAUUGAUCAAAAUGCUAGGAGGCCGGGAGCCGAUAGCAUUUGGCAAACCGAAUCAAGCCAUGAUGGAUGCAAUUGAGGGCAAGUUCCAAUUCGACCGAAGCAAAGCGUGCAUGGUCGGUGAUCGGGUGAAUACAGACAUUAAAUUUGGCCUGGAAGGGAAACUCGGGGGCACUCUGGGCGUCUUGACAGGUGUUGCUACCGAAGAAGAAUUCUUGAGAGGCGAUACACGGCCAGCUUACUACGUGAAGGAACUGGGAGAUCUCUUGGAAGGCGCUUGA